AUGGAGGAAAUAUCGAUAGGAGGAGGGAGGGGGGAGGGGGAGGGCAUGGGGGUAGCCAUGAGGGACGGCCGCGGGUGGACCCGCAGUGGUCACGGAAGCGCGCAGGUGGCAGCAGCUGGUGGGGCUGCGUGGGUGCGGAAGCGGUGGAGGAAUGGCGCCAGCGGUGGUCGGCGGGGAGGCGGCGACGAGGUCGCGGGGCGGCGCGAGGUGGCAGCGGCUGGCGAGGCCGCGGCGGACGCAGGCGCAGAGGCGGCGAUGAGGCCGCAGAGGGGAGUGGCGCGGGUGGCGGCGGCUGGCGAGGCCGCGGCGUCUAGGGGAGGCGGCGAUGAGGUCGCGGGGCGGCGCGAGGUGGCAGCGGCUGGCGAGGCCGCGGCGGACGCAGGCGCGGAGGCGGCGACGAGGCCGCGGGGGGGAGUGGCGCGGGCGGCGGCGGCUAGCGAGGAGGUCGCGACGACGCGACUGUCGCUGCGGCCCCAGCGCACGGCGCACACGUUCUGCGUGUUUCUGGAGCGGUUCAAAGCGGUGGGCGUGGAGAGGAACAAUCUGAUUCAGCCCACCAUGGCGCUCAAUAGCCGGGGCGAGGGCAUCCUGGCAGCAUCGCUGGCAGGCCCCAACUUCUACCCCUCGGCUGCCUCUCAUUCCCACCCUUCCUCUCAUCCCCCCAACUCUCGUCUCCCCCCCACUCCCUCCUCUCUUGCUCCCAGCUGGGGCGAGGGCAUCCUAGCAGCAUCGCUGGCAGGCCCGAACUUCUACCCCUCGGCUGCCUACGCACGUAUCAACGGCAACACUGAUGUGGGCAGGAUCGUCGUCGCGGGCCCGGGGAAAGCGCCUCUCGACGACUACCUCACGUACCGCUUCAACAUCCCUGUGCUGCUGUAUGGGGACUUCAUGUCGGCCACAAUAGAUGAGGACGGCAACGUGUGGGCGGCGGUGGAGUAUGUGGGCGGCGUGGAGCGGACGGACUAUAGCGACUAG